AUGUCAAAGCGUGAGAUGAAUCAAGAAGCUUCUUUUAAUAAGAAAGUAUUCAACUUAUCCUUGGCUCUGUCGAAUAGCCGCAUGAACGAUGCGACGGAGCUGCGGUGCAUGGUCCUGAAUGUUGAUGGCUCCGUUCAGUAUUCCGAAGUCCGCGGAACGAGAGAAGAUGUGGCCAAGCGGUAUGGACUAGAUGGCCGAGACCUGCGGAAUGUCGAUCUUGUCUCCGAGGGAAUUCCACAUAUAUUGGUCCGCCCAACGACAAUCUUCAUCAGCAUGUUCACACUGCGGCUUCUUGUCUGCACAGAUGGUGUGCUUCUUUUCCUUCUCCCACUAGAAGACAGUCACGUUAAGGUGCAAGACGUCUUUAUGACCGACCUCAAGGGUAGGCUCAGCCCCCGUCCGGGAAGCGGUAUGUUCAGCAAACUGCCAUUUGAACUCCGAGCCGUGGAUGCAGCACUUGCUUCUGUUAUCGCCACUCUUGAAGCGGAACAUGUUCUCAUUCGUCGAGAGGUUGCCGACAGUUUGCAUGAUUCCACGAGAGAAGACGUCGUUCAUUCGGUUCUCCGCGGGUUGCAGGAUCACAGGAAAAGACUGGUGGCUAUCGAACAACGCGCCCGCCAGUUUCGCUCCGCCUUACGGGAAAUUCUCGAGAAUGACGAUGAUAUGGCGUUGAUGUACUUAUCAGAUCGGCUGGCGGGUAAGCCGCAUGUUGUAGAAGAUCACCAAGAAGUUGAGUAUCUCCUAGAGGGAUACUACAAGAACACGGAUGCGAUCGCGGAGUCUGCAAGCGCAUUGCUGGGCGACGUGGAACGUACAACAGAGACAAUUCAGUCUAUUUUGGAUGUGCGGCGAAAUCAGAUUCUGAUCUUUGAGGCUCAACUCGAAAUCUGUAUGUUGGGAUUUGCUGUGUCAACAUUUGUGGCGGGUUUGUUUGGGAUGAACGUGGCAAACUUCUUUGAAGAGAGUACUUCAGCAUUUGCAAUUCUCGUUGCUGCAUGUGUGAUGGGAACUGUUGUUAUUGCAAGAUACCGCAAACUUCGCUUUUAG